GAAGAAGAAGUAAUGCCAGAAGAGCAGCAUGAUGGGAUAUGAAAGUCCUCCGGCGGCGCGCUGCCGCCAUGUCACCUAGAGAGAAACAUUUAGCGCUUCUCUCUGCUUUAGGCGUAGUUAGUUUUGCUCUUUACUAUAUCCCCACGUUUUUCUACGCGACUUUAAUUCUUGCAGUUUGUUGUAUUGUGUGUUACUAUCAUAGCGGAGAACCGCUUCCCGCCAGGUUAGGCCUGAAUCCACGGGCUGGGCUUAACGUCCCAGUCGUGCUCCGGCGCUGGUUGUGGGGUUGGGGGGUAACCGGCGUGUCGGUGGUUGCACGGGGGAAAACCAAACAAAGUAACCGAAACAAAACCGAGCUCCGGGAGUCGGAGGGACACUUCAGAGAAAGGUUCAGUGAAACUGGGAUUUAUCGGAGGGAAACCUUGGAAAGUGACUCAUUUCUUUUCAGCCCUCGGGAUUUCCUCAUGGGGAGUUACAUCGGGAAAACCGAAAGUCCAUCUGCUGACUCUGGGAGGCCGAGAGCAGGGAGAAAUCCCCGAGAGCAACUGCGGGAAAAACUGUCCAGACCCAACCAUGCUGUCUUUACCCCGAACCGGAGGCUGUCAUUCGCUGGGGAGCCACUGGGGACAGUGGGCAGGUUCACCAUCACCCCCCAGCGUCACUACCCCCUGCAGCAACCCGGGGUCUCAUCAGUGGGAGUUCUACCUCCCGUCAAGUGGGAUGGCUUCAGGAAGAAAAACGUCCUCAGCCCCCGUAACUCCCCAGCUGUCCUCAGCCCCGUCACGGUGAAGAUCGCCAGGCCCGACCACCACAGCUCCCCCAGUUUGGACCAUGUUAGUUGCACAGGGCUCCCCAGGGCCCCUGCGGACCCCUGCUCCAGAGAAAGUGUCCUCAAGGUGUUGAAGGAAAGCCGUAAGAGAGAAGUGGAGGAUGAGGAGAGAAGCUUCACAACGGAACAGCGGAGCAAAAGGAGGCGUAACGACAGCGGCGGAAGCGCACACUCUGCUUUUGGGCCCCUUUUGCCCAAUGGAACACCUUCUCAGCUUGUCCCGAAGCCAGGAAGCUUGAAAAGAGGUAUGACCUCACUGAUGGAGGAGUCCACCAUGAAGAGGUCUCGCACGUCCUCCAUCAGCUCUGGCAGUGGAGUCCAUGCCCCGAGAGGAACUCCAGGCACCAUGAGAAAUCCUAUCCACAGCUCCUACAGCUCUUCACUGGGCCUCAGCCAGUGGAAGAAACGGUCGGCAGCCAGCUCCCCUCUGUCCAGCCCAGGAUCAUCUCGCUCUCAGACUCCAGAAGGAGCCUCAAAAAGAUCCAGAGAGGAAGACGGACAGUCUCCCAGCUCAGCAUCCUCUGUGAGGUCGGACCAAGCAGCUUCUGAAAAGUCACCCGUUACUUCCAAACUGACUCCAGUACCCAAGGUCCCUGUCACCACCUCAGCAGACUCUGCUGGUAGUGGAGGGAAGAGAAAACGGAAGAUCCAGCUGGUGUCCAGUCACCGAGACGAUCAGAUCUCUCUGCCCCCACCUCCAGAACUGGGGUACACCAUCACGGUGAAGGACUUGGAUGAAGAGAAAAAGGCUGCCAUAAGCAAGAUCCAGAAGGUCCUGGAGACACCCGCUCCAGAGCCAGAGAAGUCUGCCUCUCCUCCAGUCACCACAUCCACCCAGCCGCCCUCCUCUGCCAGCGCUGCAACCACCACCACCCUGAGCAGCCUCCUGGCGGCUCCUCUGCCCACAACUUCCAGCUCUGCCAUCCCAGUCAUCAACCUGGACCCCACCCCAAACAGCAGUGUUAGUGCAGCCCCUGCAGCCUCCAACCCACUGCUGGAGGCUCUGAAAAUGAAGAGCAGCGUUCCAGCAAGCUCCACCUCUGCUGGCAGCACAACUGCAGUGUCUGCAUCAACCACACCGGCACAACCCAAGGGUUUAAACCCGGCCGUCUUGACUACAGUGGCCCCACUGCUCCCUCCUGCCUCCCAGCCUCUGUCCUCCUCUGCUGGUGUGGAGCAGCCCUCCGCCUUUACUCAGGUGCUGGCUCAGGUCACCAAGGCUUCGAGCAGCACUCCACUUACAGCAGGAGCAGGCCUGUUCGGACUGCCGAGCCAGAUGAGCAGCCCAGCUGCUUCUUCAGCCCCUAACCCGGUCUCUACUGCGGCGCCAGCCAGCGGCUCAGGGUCAGUCAGUAAUCCCAAUCCUCUGCUGGCUUCAGGGUUCAAGCCCAUCUUUGCCGUUACAACCACCUCCUCCUCAGCCACAUCAACCCCAGAAAGCAAACCUUCUGUCCAAAACUUCAAGCCCAUCUUUGGAGGCACCACUGCAGUCGCUGGCUUUGGACAGCCUCCAUCCCUCGCAACCACCAUGCCAGCCUCUACAGUUUCUUCAAGCAGUACAUCCUCUGUGUUUGGAUCAGUGAGCAGCACUGCAGUUGCCCCUUCUGUUUUCCCUGGCAUGACCAACACCCCCACUGACACAGCCUCCACCGGCUCCGUCACCUCCUCACAGACUGCAACCCAGCCAGCUGUGAAAUCCCUCUUUGGAACCUUUUCAGCACCAUCGACCACCAGUACCAGCUCAGCUUCAGCACCUGCUCUGAACACAGGGAGCACAUUUCAGUUUGGAACUGUUCCCACCACUACUGCAGCUGCAGCUGCCCCCGCUGCUACCACAGCCUCCAGCAACAGCACAUUUACAUUUGGCGCCACACAGCCAGACCCUCAGUCUGCCAACCAGAAGGUAUUUGCUUUUGGCCAGACGGCACCCAGCCAGAAUACAACCACUGCUUCAUUUGGAGGCUUUGCCAUGGCCAGCACAACCUCCACUGCUCCUGCAGCCACCACCCAGUCCACUUUCACCUUUGGACAGUCGUCAUUUCAAGCGCCAGCGGUGCCGUCAACCUUCGGCUCCUCAGCAGCACCGCCGCCAAAACCGUUCACCUUUGGAGGCAGCGGAGCAUCAUCCACGCCUGCCUCUAACCCCGCCCCAGCCCCCGCUCCAGCCCCCUUCACUUUCGGGGCGGCUGCUGUCACCACAGCUUCAAACUUUGGGACCCCAGUCAAACCAGCCUUCGGAUCCAGUUCCACUGGCUUUGCUUUCGGUGCCACCACUGCUCCCUCAGCUGCACCCAGCUUUGGUGCAGCAACCCAGACUCAGAGCUCCUCCUCCUCCUCCUCCUUCACCUUUGGCAGCGCCGCUCCUCAGCAGGCUCCCUCCGGCCCUGCUCAGUCAGCACCCAGUGGAUUUGCCUUUGGUGCUGGUAUGCCGUGUCCUCAGUUUGGAACUCCAGUUUCCAAUAAUCCUGCACCGCAAAUGGGAAGCUUCAACUUUGGGGCUGCUGCUACUGACAAACCAGCUUUUGGGACGUCGACGCCAUCCUUUGGGCAGAGUGCUGCUCCAGGUCCACUUCCCUUUGGAAGUCCUGCUACUCCAGUCCAAGGCUUCAACGCAGUUCCUUUUGGGUCUCAAGCGACUCCGUCCUUCUCUAUUGGAGCCGGAUCAAAGCCAUCUGGAGCGCGGCAGAGGCUGCAGGCGCGGAGGCAACACAACAGGAAGAAGUAACCUGCUGGUCAUGUCCGGCGCCGCUUUUCAGAGGACUUGGCUGUUGCAGCUAAUCUGGCUAACAUUGCUCUGUUCUAAGCCCAACAUCCCCCAAACAGGCCGCCAACAUGCCCUCUGCUUCCUCCCCCUCCUCCUGUGGUUUGUGCUGGCCCAAAACAUUGUGUUUGCAGAGGAGGUAGAAAGAGCACACCAGUUUGCUGAGCUUAUGCUGCCUGGAUGACUACAUGACCCGGUGAGGGAAUGUAGCAGCGAGGAGUCCAUAAUAAUGUUCUAUACUUGAAGAGGGAGAAAAGACAGUUGACCAGUUUGAUUCUGAACAAAAGCAUAUCCAAAGUUCUCUUUCCUUUACAGUAUGGGGACACUCAUUGGUUCGUCUUAAGGAGAAAGUUGAGUCCGGCAGAGACGGAGCCUUGGCUCAAACAUUUAUUUUUGUACAUGAAGUGCUCACUGGUGUGUAUGUGAUAUUUGUGUACAUUAUCUGAAUGAGUCUGAAUGGUGUGAAGUGCACAGUUGGUUCAGAUAAGAGUACACAACACUGCAGUGUAAAUGUAAAGUUAUGAGACGUUUUGCAUUUUAAAUUAUUUUUUAAUUGGCUUUCGGACCCUGUAAGUGAAUGAUGUUUCUGCACUUGAAGGGCAACGUAGUAGAUGUCUUAAUGUAGGUAGUGCAGACCCUUGUGUUCUUGUUUCAUACCAGUUGUCAAUGCAAGCAUUCCCAGAGUCCUCCUGUGGACGGCCUUUUUGGUUUGUUUGUUUGUUUGUUUGUUUGUUUUAAUUGCCAACACUGAUGUAAUUAGCAGGUCAGUAUGUGGUGAGGAUGACUACUCUCAACGUGUGCUGACAAACCAAAGCCAAUUCUAUGAUCUUUAGCUCAUCUUUAAAUCUUGAGAUGUGUUUGUUUGUGCCAGACUACCUCUCGUUACUCCAGGCACUGAAUCCGUGUUAUCUCACUGAAAAAGAUCAAUUCGAUUUUUACACAAGUACCUUAAUAAAACAGCAAGUUUUAAACAUCCGCUCAGCAACACGUUAUCCCCCCCGUCUGAAAUAUCAUGGUUACAAUAGAUUACACCGCAUUAAUGUAAAAUCAGAUUAGCUAAAUAUACAAGCUGUCAAAUUGAAGACGCUUUUCUGCUUGGAAAUUCUCACUAUGAUGCAGGGAUUUUUGUAGUCUCUAAUGUGUUUUGCUUGUACUGUGAGUUGAGAAAUUUUGUCAAGCAAACAUGACAGUUAAGUAGUCAAAGAUAUUUUAUCAGAAUGAUUUCUGUUCUCAGUAAGAAUCUCCUCUUGUGAAAAGUGAGCAAGUAACCGAUGCAGUUUUUGAUGGUUAAUUUUGAAUUAAUAAAAUCUGAAUUUUGGACGUGGAUGUUCCAACAAGAACACAUUC